GUUCUUCGCGUGUUGGGGACAUUUUAUUUCGCAGCGUGGAGCAUAGCCAUCCGCCGCGGCACAAUUGUAAAGCGAAAGAACAAACGAACGAGCGAGCAAGUGAACCCGAUCCAUAGCUAAUGACAACGACCAGUGAGUGAGCUCCCCGGUGUUUGGAUUUGUUGUCUUACCUAGAGGCAAACACAUUUACAUACCAACCUACGGUGGAGUAUAACUGAACGCGAGCGGGCUCGUGUGUGUGUGUGUGUUUGUGCAAAGUGGAAUAUUAUAAGAAGAAAAAAAUAAUAAAAGUGUAUAAUAAUAAAGUAUGUGAAUAAAAGUGGAGCAAGAAAAUUGUCCAGAGAAGUGCUUGAUCCCAAAUUUUUAUAAAAAAAUAAGCAAAAUUUCUUCCUCACUAGCAGCAAGAGUGCGUGCAAAAAAAAAAUUGUAGAAAAUUUAAAGUUGAGUUCGCAAUUUAUUGAAAUUUGUUUGCAUCGGCUUUCGGCAAAGUGAAGUUAUCGGUUGUGCUUUGUUAUUGUUGCCUACUUUAGAGGUGCUGUGGACGGCGCGGCAAAGCGUUACAAUAGUGGGCGUACGUAUAAGCGGGCGUGUCAUUGCUGGUGUAGUUACAGGAUUCGGGGUGAAUAUGGCGCCGGGCGUAUGCGUAACAAGUUUCCGUAUGCUACUGCGACGUACGGAGUUAAGCAGCCAGCUGAGCCGUGGACUGCGGCUGACGCCAACCGCGCCGUACUUGUUGAAUUCGUGGAGCACACGGAGAUAUUGUAAACAGAGCAACGACACGUCAAAGGACGAGCAACAACAACGCACAGGCAAGAGUGAAACUGCAAAUGAAAAUGCAGAGCCAACCGCCAAAGAGAGCAACCUCUUAGCAAAAAGCAUGCAAACACAAAAUUUCAAACCACAUCACUUGCUUAAAGCAGAUGAGACUCUCUCAAAAGAGGGGGAUCUCACGACGCUGAAAAUAUCACAGUUACGCACCCAGCUGCGUGCGCAUGGCUUGAGUCCCGUCGGCAAAAAGGAUGUGUUGGUGCAGCGUUUACAAAGCUACUUACAGCUUAAAACAGGAAAGCCUGCAACUCUAAUUUCAUCAGAUACGCAAGCGUACGAGGCUGUUGCAACAGUGGAGGAGGAGAAAAUAAUAAACAGCGAGAGCGCAAGAGAACAUAGUUAUACAGAUCAUCAACCUGCAAAAGAGAAAGCCAGCGAAGAACAACCAGAAAUCGCUCCGCUUAUGUACCAAAAUCUCUCAUCCAACCAAGCAACAACAAAGCACGAAGCUGACAAUGUUGAGCUUCAUGCCAAGAACCCAAAUUAUAAAGUUCAACACAGCAUUGAGAGUACCGUGAGUUCGCCUACAUCUAUUUCCAACCCUAAAGAGAGUGGCACAGGUAAUGCUAGUGGCGGUGGAAAUGAUGGUGACGACGAUGAUUCACAUCAUUCCACCAACACACAUUCAACUGAAAAUGUGGGGGCAUAUAACAAGGGCGAUGUCUACGUUGAAUAUAUACAAGGACUUCCACACCUAACAGUGCCGCUGCCAAGCAGAUUGGAAAAAUGCCGAUUUGCUCUGAGGCCCGUGUCGCACAAAGUAGGCGAUCUUAUCGAAAUGCUGAAAAUUGAAGAUCACGGUAUUGAUCGAGCGGUUGUGCUGAACAAAUGUGGUGUACGAAUAGCGUCCACUUGCGCCAUCGACAGCCUUAUGGAUGAGCCAUUUUGGCUUCAAAUAAAUGAUAACAAAUACGAAGUGAUCCCUCCUAAAAGGAAAAAAAUCGACUCUGAAGACUUAAAGAGGCUUAGUGAUGUUAGAACUUUAGUAGCACAAUUGUAUGAAGCUUUACAUGUCGGCGAAUAUCAUUUGCACAAAGAACAAGAACUAGUGAAAAAAAUAGAAAAUUUAAAAUUUGAAAUAUCACCUCUAGAAAUGGAAAAGCAGGAACUUGCUAAACUAGCGCAACGUAAAACGGUCGUCGCAACGUGGGUCGGACUCAGUUUAAUGGCGGUACAAUUUGGCGUCUUGGCGCGCCUUACUUGGUGGGAAUACUCUUGGGACAUCAUGGAACCCGUCACAUACUUUGUUACAUAUGGCACCACGAUGGCCCUAUAUGCUUAUUACUGCCUAACGAAAUCGGAAUACACUUACGAAACAGUUAGGGAUCGUCUCUUCCUGAUUACAAUGCACAAAAAGGCCAAAAGGAAGAGCUUUGACAUUGAAAAGUAUAAUCAAUUAAGACGUGAAAUCGCCGAAGCUGAAUACGACUUGCGACGCCUACGCGAUCCCAUCAACUUGCAACUGCCGCCACAUAUUGAUCGUUCGCAACGCUCAAUACCAAUUGAACCACCAACGAGCGGUGGCGAAACACGCCUCCUAACGGCCGUUACAUGUGAAAAGAAACCCGCUAGCUUCCGACUGCCCUUUUUAGAACCAAAAAAUUAGAUUUUUUAUAUACAUAAGUCAUUUAUCAGUUGAACAUAUUUACGUAUGUAGGUAUGUAUGUUAUGUAACUAUGUUAGUUCCACACGGAACACAAUGUUGAGUUUCACGUAAGCACAAACUGGCUUCAUGCAAAUACAAAUACAAAAAGCAAAUACAAAUAUUAAUGAUAGUAACAUAGUAACGUACCACAUACUCGUAUAGCUGAAUACAAACAUACAUACACAAUAACAACAACUGAAUAUAGUUUUAAGAGGCACGUGUUGUCCUGUGCGACUUCGUCGCUCGUUCGUUCGUUCGUUCGUUUUGUAGUUUCAAUUGUUUCUAUGUGUUUUCAUAUUUAAUUUUAAUGCGAAUUGUUAUUUUUGACCUUAACCCUUGUAAUAUGCUCUUGCUUAGAAAAGUUUUAAGUGACCUUCCUAUUGUCUGGGUAUCGUAUUGAUCACUUCUUAUAAUGCCUAUGUAGCUAGACUUAAAUUAAAUUAUUAUUGCGACGCAAUUGUUAUAUGUUUACCAACACAUUUACGUAAUAUCUAUGUGUAUGAUUGCAUUUGAGGAAUUUAUGUGAAAGACCGUAAAAUGACAAACUAGCAAAUCAAAGACGGCAUAACUAACGUAUUAUGUCUGUAUGUUUAACAAUAAUUCUAGGUACAUAAGUGGUUAUAUGCGCUGAAUGCGCUAAAUCCUUGUAUGAUCACUGGCAACACGGAUGUAUGCUCUUGAGAAUAAGUGCUAAAUCCUAUAACAAUAAAAACAAAUAAUUAGUUAAGCGCCUCUGUCUCACCACAAACUUACAUAAAUUAUUUAUUGAAGAAAUGUAAUUUAGUUUUAGGGGUUUAUUUAAAUAAAUGUUUAUGUUUCAA